AUGGUCUGGAAUUUUAUCAACUGCGUUAACGCGUUUACCACGUUAAAGCAUAGCCUGAGCAUAGCGUUUAAUGUAAGUGUAUACCAAUUCAAAAAGCAGUAUAAUUUAUUCGCUUAUUGUUAAAUCAAAGUGGCGGAGUACUUGGAGCAAAAUAUCGAAGAUGUGAAAAACCAUGUUCAAAAAUCAAAAGAAUUAUACUUUUCGGCAGAUUAGCUACAUUUUCAAGCAGCAUUUUCCUGGGGUUAGUAGACGUUUCUCGGAGAGAAACAUUAGGUUAUUCAUGCAGUUCAAAGCGUGGAAUAAGGAAACUGGACAAUUUUGAAGUGGAAACCAUGCAUUAUUCAACAGUCUAUCAAUGAGGUAUUGUGUCCUGUAAUUGAUUAUUUUAAAUAGAUAUGUAUACGUAUAGCGUUGCAAUAUAAUACCCAAUGCUAUAUACGUAUGCACAUCUAUUUAAAAUAAUCAGUUACAGCACACAAUACCUCAAUGAUAGACUGAUGAAUAAUGGUGUCCACUUCAAAAUUGGCCAGGCGUUUCCUUAUAUUCCACGCUUUGAACAGAAUAACCGAAUGUUUCUCUCCGAGAAACCUCGACUAACCCCAGGAAAAUGCUGCUUGAUCAUGAAAAUGUCGCUAAUCGGCCGAUAAGUAUAAUUCUUUUGAACAUAGUUUUUCACAUCUUCGGUAUUUUGCUCCAAGUACUCCGUCAUUUUGAUUUAACAAUAAGCGAAUAAAUUAUGCUGCUUUUUGAAUUGGUAUACACUUAAAUUAAGCGCUAUGCUUUAACGUGUGUUAACGUGUUAACGCAGUUGAUAAAAUUCCAGACUAUUUUUAAUCCGAUCGAGUAUCAACAGAUUAAAUAAAAAAGGGUACCCUUUUUCGUCUUAUUAUAAAAUAUCAUAUUUUACAGAAAAGAGUACCUUUUUCAUAUUACUAUGUAAAGAAAAUAGUUGACCAAAAAGAAUAUUCUGUUUCGUCUUACUACAAAACAACAUGGUUGACCGAAAAAGGUACCCUUUUUCGUCAUUUUACAAAACGAUGCAGUUGAGCGAUAAUCGUACCCUUUUCAGUUAUUUUUAUGGAGAUUUGAUUUGUAUAAAUUCAUCAGAUAAUCCGCUUUUUCGCUUUUAGGUUGAAACUUGGAUCGACAUAAAAGGGUAAUUAAAACGAACCAAUUCCCUUAUCAUACAAAUCUCAAAAAAGGGUACCCUUUUAUGAAAAGUAAGGUGGGGCUUUUAGACAUUUUUCAAAAAUAAUUUAUGACAUCGAAAAGGGUAUGGAAAUUUGUGUUAUCGAAAAGAAACAUGCGAGUCGAAAGAUAGAUUUGCUGCAAAUUUAACUUUCAACUUUCAGAAUUUUCUCAAUUUUAGAAUUGCCGGAACCGUCCACUGAUUGAAAAUCCAUAACAACCAGAUCACCUUUCUCUUGCUUCCUUCUUAAAUAAUUUUUACACAUGUGAUAAAAGUGUGUUUCCGAUCAUUAUCCAGUUGCAGGACAAAUGCCCUCUCACACAACCUAAACUUAAGAUAGUAUGGUUUGCUUUGAAAGGAUGGAGUGACAUUUUUGUUUCGUAAAAAUUAUUUAAAUUAGGGAGCAAUUUUCCCUAUACUCUCUACUUUACUCUGACGUAUAUGUCUUGCGCGAGACAAUUUUACUUAUCGACUGUGGACUGUUUGCCCAAGUAUCACCUAUUAAUACUUAAGGAGUAAUUAUUUAAGAUAUGUUGGAUAGUCAUAUCCAAUUUAUAGGUUAUAUCCAAUCCAGUAGGAUAGAUAAAUAUCCAGCCAAAUUGAUUCAUGGUAUUAUUUAAAUAUAUAAGGUUCAGGCCUCACUCGUUAAGUAAAACCGAACCUCCUGGCACAAACCUUAACCCGAUCGCUUUCCACCCACAGCAAAAUUUAUAUUUAGUGUCCAAUCAAAAUGUCCCAGCCGAAAUUUAAAUUUCACACAACUACAGCAACAAUCUAAUUAUAGUUGUGAUCAUUAUAACAUAUAUCGACAACAAUAGUAUAAUCUAAUUAGCACCUCCCAAUCAAAUGACAGAUUAAAAAAUCUUUUGUCUCAUAGACCAUGCAAUCAGAUUUACAACCGAAAUACGGUUGUACGGCAUGGACUUUUGUUAAUUAAGGUUUGUAUCAGGCAUAUUUAUUUAUUUAUUUAUAGGCCUGAUCGCAGGUUAGAUCUCUGAGUGGCGCCACCUACUGUAGAUGCACUGUAAUGACUGUGAAACUGUGUUUUAAUUAACUUACAUGAAAAUUUGUCCAUGUUUUUCCAGAACAUGCAAUGGAUGUUAAAAUACAACAAUUUGAGCUAUCCUGUUUACAGAAAAGACAUUGUAAAAGCAAUAAAAUUCAAGCUGCACAACAAAGAGCAGGGAAGGAAGAGCAAUGAAUUGAACAAAAAACUGAGAUUAGUUGACAUACAUUGUAAAUUUAUAUGGUUACUAAUUUAAUUAAACAGCUGAUUAUAUUUAGUAUUAUUUGUUAAUUUAUUUAAUAUAUAGUUUAUUAUUAUGCCAACAGCUUACUAUAUUUAUUAUGUUAAUAAAAUAAUGUUAUCAGAUGAACAAAUUUCAUGUGUGAGGUGGUGAUGUGCUGCAUGCAUGGUAUACUAAAAGUAUUUGUUUCAGAAACUAUAGUUUUUCAAUUAAAAUGGUAUAGUUUUUUCCAACUAUAGUUUUUAGUCAAAACUAAAGUUUUUGACAAAACUAUAGUUUUUAGCCAAAACUAUAGUUCCUACAAUUACUAUAGUUUUUAAUUACUAUGGUUUCCAUAACUAUAGUUUUUGUUCCAAAAUACUAUAGUUUUUAAAGCUAUAGUUUUUGGCUUGAAAAAUUAUAGUUUAUUUUUGUAAGGGCGAGAUCUCCAUGAUUCGCUCGGAUAUUUUUUAUUGUUACAGAGAAAUCGAUAGCCGUUCGUUUGAUAGGACCAUCAAGUUUCAAUGGUACUGGUCGUGUGGAAGUCUUCUACAAUGGACAAUGGGGAACAAUCUGCGAUGAUUAUUGGGAUAUAAAUGAUGCUAUGGUUGUGUGUCGUCAAAUAUUUGGUUUACCAUACGCUGUCAGAGCUCUUUAUGGAUACCAUGUUCCUGAUGGAACUGGACAGAUAUGGUUAGACAACGUCAGAUGUACUGGAAAUGAGAAAAGUCUAAUCAAUUGUUCUCAUAGUGGAUGGGGAAAUCAUAAUUGUCGGCAUUAUCAGGACGCAGGAGUAGAAUGUUCUUCAG